AUGUGCUUAUGCAGCAGAAAGAAGUCAGAAGUUAGGCUCGAGACUCAACCUCCAGUCUCAAUACUACAAAGAUCGCCAUUAAAAACAAAAAAUUCGCCGCAAAACCGAACAAUUAGGAAGGGAAUACAACGAAACAGAAUUCCAUUAUCUAAAGAAGAACUGAAGAGUCAAUUUGAAGAAAUACAAAAGGCGCUUGGCGUCGAACCCAACUCAGCGCUUAUAGAUCGAAUUCAUUCAUUCAAAGAGCCUGCGAAAGACUUGUCUAUAAAGAAAGGUGAUCUCAUUUUCUCACUGAAAGAAUUGAAGAAAGUGCCAAAAGCGAGCGGGAAUAAUAAGUACGACAGUAAACAAAAUGUCAGAGUUCAAAAAUGUGAAUUGGAUGCGGACGACGAUACACUCUAUCCAAAACCCAUAUCCAUGUCUAAAAACGAAGCUGAUCAGGAUGAAGUGGAUGACGAAGUGCAAUUGGAAGAACCAAAUUCAGAGAAUUAUAUGUACAAUGAACAGGAAAUAUUAUUUUCAACCGAAACACCCGAGUGCGAUCCGUAUGCUCCUCUCGAAGAACUCGAGAAACGAGAAGGUUUCAACUGUCAAACAUUACGCAAAAACACAUUCCUUGCCAAUGCAUUGUCGAUGCCAAAUGAAAAAGAACGCAAGAAAAGAAACAAACCGAAAUCAUCGAACAAGGUGACAUUUAAUGAAAAAGUAUUUGACAUAACUGAUUGGGAAGAAUUUGCAUGCACAGCAGAAGAGGGAUCAGAGAGAACGCAAACGGAUAGUGAAUUGGAACUUGUGGAAACACAAGACAUCCUACCACUGACUUCAAAUGAAACACUGGAAAGAUCGCCGAAAAGAAAAACUCCUUACUUUCCUAAAAUUUUGUGGGAAACAAGUUCAACAAUAAAAUCGGCAACGAUUAAUUCAGCGGACUCAGUUGAUCAGAGCAGCAAACCAGAAACGUUUACCAAGACAGAGAUAUCAUCAAUAUCCAGUCAUAAAAAGGAAACAUUCAGAAAUAAUCCGGAACUGAGACUAGAAACAGAUUUAAAAAAGAAAGAUAAAAAUGGUAGAAAUAGUGUGAUGUAA